AAAGCACACAGCAAUGGCCGAUAACUCCGGGCUGCCUGGAGCUCCGCUGGGGAUAACAAUAGCCGUAAUAUCAAGCUUUAUUAAUGGCUCGACGUUUGUGCUUCAGAAAAAGGGAAUACUGCGUUCUCGUGACAAAGGGUGUUCGUACCUUACAGAUGUGGUGUGGUGCAGUGGAACGCUGUGCAUGAUCAUUGGUCAAGUUGGGAAUUUCCUGGCGUAUAACCUGGCCCCUGCUGUGAUUGUUACACCAUUAGGGGCCCUUGGAGUACUGUUUGGAGCAGUCCUGGCUUCUUGGAUACUGGAGGAGCGUUUAAACGUCCUGGGGAAACUCGGUUGCAUCAUCUGUUGCUGUGGUUCCGUCGUGCUCAUCAUUCACGCCCCUAAAGCGGUGGCAACAUCAAGGCGGGAGCUUGAAGACGGACUGUCAGAUCCAGUGUUUGUAACCUACAUCCUACUCGUGGUGCUGACCCUGGUCACCCUGAUCGUGUGGGUCGCUCCAGCUCACGGGACGUCCAACAUCAUGGUGUACGUCGCCAUAUGUUCGCUUCUUGGAAGCUUCACCGUCCCAAGCAGCAAAGGACUCGGCCUGGUGGCUCCUGAUGUGUUCGGCGAAGGACAGUCAAAUGUCGGCACCGUGGCUCUCUUCCUUGGCCUGCUGGGGGCGCUGGCGGUCAGCAUACUGAUCCAGUUCUUCUUCAUCAAUAAGGCCUUGGAGUGCUUCAGCUCCAACAUAUUUGAAGCGAUAUACUACGUGACGUUCACGUCCACCGUGAUUUUCGCUUCUGCCCUUCUGUUCAAGGAGUGGACGGGACUCACGGCCACCGACGGCCUCGCCAUGCUCUGCGGCCUGACAACCGUGUGUGUGGGAGUGAUACUCCUUCGAAUUUCCCAGGAAGCUAUGAUUACCUGGAAGGAGAAAAGGGAACGGAAAAAGACAGACUGAUUGUGUUACGGUGUUUUUUUCGGGGGUGGGGGGUUGUUUUGCAGGACACAGACUCUGUUGCUCUGCACUACCUCCCCUUUAAGUGACCAAAAUUGUGAGAUGAAACGCUCAGCCGUGACCUUUGACCACAUUAGUGUGAGGAGGAAAGCUUUGAUUACAUUGUGAGCAUUUUAUUGGAUAGCGGGUGGGAUUUGUCUGGAAACAAAAUGGCGUUCUGUAGUGAUGAGUCCGGCAACACCGAUGCGUCGCCGCAUGCGUCAAGCCCUUUGACAAAACUCCGUGUCGGUGCGCGUAUUGCUUUCAGCAAGUCACGUGACCGAUACAGGACCUGAUUUGAAAUGACACUGGUGCGCCAAACUGUGUUUAUAAAGAAGCGACUCUGUCAACGGGAUGCAUUUGCCAAAAUAAUUAUUGAUCUUUUACGGUACGUUGUCAACUAUAGGGCAUCCUCAAGGCAAACGAAAGGUUUUGUAGUUUGGGACCAUUUUGAUCUUACAUCAGAAAACAAGCUAUUGGUUAUCACUUUGUUGUUGUUUCAUCCAGUUUUUUUCAGUUUCUACUUGAUCUAUCUGAAUCCAAAUUCAGCUGAAAUUAUCUCUUAAUUUACUUUCAUAUUAUGUUCCGCAGAUUAAGUGUUGCAUAUGUAUGACAGAACUGUCUUAUUUAAAUAAAUCCACCUCCUCAAUGCUGAGGCAUUAUAGGGCAUCAGAAUGAAGUCCCAGAUACACCAGGAUAAACUCGGGUAUUCAGCACAUUCUACAAAUUACUGUUUCUUUUUAUAAAUUAUUUCAUGUAAAUGUAUUGUUUACUUUAUUUUUUUCUACAGCAGGAGAAGUUGUGUCAAAAAAGCGUAACAGACUAAAUUUUAAAAUGAUGAAAAAACUUAUUUUUUCAAUGAAAAUUUGUGGGGGGAAAAAAAACCUCAGUCCACAAGCAUCCUCAUUCCAAACACGUUCACUUAAAUUUUCAUCACUUGGUACAUAUUCACAUUUUUUAUUGACUGUAUCUAAUAAUAUCAAAUAUAUUUUGAAUUUAACUGAAGAUAUGACAAUAUGCAAUAUAUAAUAUACAAUAAAAUACAAUGACUUAAAUCUUAUUGUAUAGACUAGAUCAUCAAAUCAGUCUGACAACUACAUUGCCUGUAGGGAUUUUUAAUGUCCAGCAGGUGUCAGUAUUUAGCGACACAGUAUAGACACAGUAUCAAUACAGUUUUGCUAUGGGUUGAAAUGCUUCAUAACGCCUCAUUUACCCAUCACUAGCGUUCUGUACCUGUAGGGCUGUACAGGAAUAAGGAAGUGUAGAGGGUGGCUAUUUAUACAAAUAAAAAUCAAAAGGUUGUGCCUUUUUAUGAAACCCAUACAGGUUUCUUGUAGGGGUGCACUGAGAAAUCAGAUCAAAUUUCCUUUGUCUUGGCAAAUUGUCAAUCGGUUUAUACUUACAAGUGAAAUAGAGUUGGAUAAUAGACCAAUAUAUAUACAAUGUGAUCAAUAUCAAUACAUAAUAGGUCUAAUAGAAUUUUCAAUAAUGUCACUAAAUUCUGAUCCAGAACCGCACAGCAUUCUGGGGGAUGUAGGCAGAGGAAAGGCUUUAGCCGCUCAACCUCUCCCGGUCUAGCUAAGCUAGCCCGGUGGUAUCAACUAACUCGCUCUUUGGUUACCUGGCAACAACUAUAUUUUUUGUUAAAAAAAAAAAGGUUUGAAAAUCAUGUGUAAUUUUCCUUCCACUUAACGUUAGUCUGUCAAAGAUGAUAAAAGUUAAUUUUAAUACUAAAUAACAGAAUUGGUAUUCUGUUAUUGACUCCUAGUUUUUCUAUAAUAACAUAAGCCUUUAUUAUCCCUGUUAUUCUAACUUUAUCUGUCAGUUCAUUCCAAAUUACUAUUAAACUGCCUGCAUUCGUCUCAUCUAAACAAAUCACUCCGCUUUGGUUCAU